GGCUGGUGGUGGAAAUGGGGUCAAGUGCAGCCCUGGGCUGCCACACCGCACCUGGGCAGGUGGUGUUUGUUUCCCAAAAGGCUCUGGAAUGCGCUGAGCCGCAGCUCCAGCUGGGGUUUGUCUGUUGUAGUGAGGAAAGAGCUGAUGGCCGAAGCAGCUGCCAGCGAGAAGGGGCUCCCCGUGGAGGAAAAGCAGGAGGAGGAAGGGGCAGCUGCUCCCUCUGUCUCGGGGGUUUAUUUCAUCUGCCCCUUGACCGGUGUUGUUGUGAGGAAAGACGAGAAGGAGAAGCAGCUCCGAGAAGCCAUCCAGGCAUAUUUCUCGGUGGAUCCAGUGGCUGCUUCCAUCAUGGAGAUCCACACCUUCAACAAGGACCGGGAGAAGGUCCGGCUGUGCGUGGACACCAUGGCCAAGUACCUGGAUAACAUCUAUCUCCAUCCAGAGGAGGAGAAAUACCGGAAAAUCAAACUGCAGAACAAGGUGUUUCAGGAAAGGAUAAGCUGCUUGGAAGGGACACACAAAUUUUUCCAGGCUGUCGGGUUUGAGACCAAAACACUGCCUGUUCCAGGACAAGACACCACGGAGGAGUUCUACGUGCUGAAGGAGGAGAUGCUGAGCAGGCUGGAGGAGCUGAAGGACUGCAAGGAGCAGCUGCUGAGCUCGGAGCCCGUGCGGGCGCAGCUGCACCGGCAGCGGACGCUGUUCCGGCCGUCGCCCGCGGCCGCGCGCUUCGAGCUGCCCCACGACUUCUUCAACCUGACGGCCGAGGAGCUGCGCAGGGAGCAGCGGCUGUAGACAGAGGCGGUGGAGAAGGCGGCGAUGCUGAGGACCAGAGCCAUGCGCGAGAAGGAGGAGCAGAGGGAGAUGAGGAGAUACAAUUACACCCUGCUGCGGGUGCGCUUCCCCGAUGGAUACAUCCUCCAAGGGACUUUUUAUGCCCGGGAAUCAGUGUCUGUGCUCUACAACUUUGUGAGGGAAGCACUCAGAGAUGACUGGCUGCCCUUUGAGCUCCUGGGACCUGGAGGUCUCAAACUGACUGAUGAGAACUUGGCGUUCAAUGAAUGUGGGUUGGUGCCCUCGGCGCUGCUGAGCCUGGCCUGGGACGCGGCGGUGAUGGCGCAGGUGGAGGCGGCGCGGGAGGAGCAGCGCAGCCCCCUCAGGCCAGAGCUGCUGGCCGGGGCCCAGAGCCUCUCCUGAAAUAAAAGGGCAGUGCCUCCA